GCUUGAAAUUAUUGUAACAAAGCAUACUGAAGAAUUCUUCAGCAGGAAAGUGGUAGUAAUUAACAUUAUUUCAUUAAAAUGUGGUUUUUAAAUGUUAUAAUUUUAAAUAUAGUUUAAAUACAGUUAUAUCUACUGUACUAGCAACAUUAUUACACCAGCUUAAUCGACCAAUGACAGUGCUCUCAGUCACAUGAUUUACAAAAAGUGGGCACAUUAAAAUACUGGUUUGCACAGACACACCACAGUGAGUCAUACAACAUUUCUGUGAAGAAGAAGCGAGCGACUCAGAAAAGCCUUGAAACGGAACACUUUUCAGACAAAACAUCGUCUCACAACUGAGUGUGCAAGAACAGGACAGUGUCAGAUGCUCAGUAUGCACAGGAACCUGAAGGACCCAGUCUCCACCCUCUGUGGACACAGCUACUGCAGGCAGUGCAAGAUGCAAUCUAAACAUGCAGAAGGACACUAUGGUUGUCCAACUUGUAAGAAAAGAUGGAAGACACAGCCUAAAAUAAACACAGACUCACCCAUAUCAAAACAACCCCAACUAGCAAACUCUAGCUCAGCAUGUGAGCAGCUCUCGUGUGAUUUCUGCCCAGUGAAAAAGCUCAGAGCUGUUAAGUUCUGUCUGAUGUGCACUGCUCUGUAUUGCGAGACCCACGCCAUCCAGCACUACACUGUCCCAGCGCUGCAACGACAUAGACUGGUGGAGCCAAUGGACCACCUGGAGCAGAUGAUCUGCCAAGACCACCAGAGAGCGCUAGAGAUGUUCUGUAGGACUGACCAGAUCUCCAUAUGUAGCUUGUGUGCGGUGCUGAAACACCAGCAUCAUGACAUCAUGAUUGAGAAUCCCAAACAGUCAAACGGUCCAUGGCCAGGUGUAUCCACGGCGUUGUGCAGAAAAGCCUCUAGAGUGGACACAGCGGUGGAGAACCGUGAGCUGAGGAUGGAAAAUAGACUGCAUCGGGAGAUCAUCAUGCAACUGAGGAAAGUAAAAGCCAGCCAAAAAAACAAAGAGGCAAUGCGUGAGAAAAAACACGCAGAGGAGACACGGCAGAUGGAAGAGCACAUGUCCACACUGGAGACAGGAAAUGCAAAGCUAAAGAAACACAACAACAAACUGAGGAGAAAAAUGUCCAAGCUUAAAAAACACAUUCAUUUGAAAAAAGACGAGAGACCCCUGGUGGCUAUAAUCAAACACCAACGCAGACAUGCUUUUCCUGCUAGGGUGACUUUGGACUUCUACACAGCCCACAGACGACUAAUUCUGUCUGACGAUAAGAGGAAUGUGAAGCUAUCUGGGUGUGCUCGGAGAUCCCAUAACCAACAGCAUGGACUAGGUGGGCAGCCCUUCGUGCUGGGCAGAAAAGGCUUCACCUCUGGACGUCGUUUUUGGCAAGUGGGUGUGAAUAACCGGUGGACAAUUGGAGUCACAAGAGCCUCCGCUCAGAGGACGGAGAGUGUCAGCUUCUAUCCUCAUCAUGGCUACUGGUGCCUGAGUUGCUGGAUGCAAUUUUUGGCGCUCACAUCCCCCAUACACCGUCUCCCUAAGGAUUCAGUGCCCAGAGAACUGGGCAUUUGUCUGGAUGUGGAUGAGAAGUGGGUGUCAUUCUAUAAUGCUGAAUCAAAGGCUCACAUUUAUACCUUCACUAACAUGGAUUUCAGAGAAGGUGAAGAGAUCUACCCUGUGUUCUGCACACAGGACGAAGAAGAGCAAGAGAUUAAAAUAAGAAGACAACCCAUUCUACCCUGUCCAAUAUUUGUUUCAGAUCAAAAGAUGGUCCAAACUGGCGAAGCUGGGAACAAAUUUGUACAAACAGGCAUUCAAACACUAGCCACACAGAAAUCCACUAUAUGAACUACAUGUGUUAUAGUUGCACUGUACAGGGAUUUCACUGAAUCCAGUACUUCCCUUGAACUUGGCCACUAACUUCAUCUAUUUUAUAUGACACAGUAUGCAGGAAAUAAGUAGCAAAUAAGGUCUGUCAUUAGUAUCCAUAUACAUAAUAUUGUUUAAGAGAAGUCAUAUUAGUGGAAUGAGCAAUUAGUGGCUUGUAUUGUUAAUGGCAUGUAUUGAGAAUGAGUUUUGGUAGUUGAAAAAAGGUAGCCUAACUAAUAACCUGCAAAAUAUGCUUGAUAUGUCUUGGGAACAACUGUCUGCAUUUCUAUUAUGAUACAUUUCAGCAAAUUAGGUCUCUAGCUGAUGGCCUAGCUAACAUGUUUAAUAGCUAUUUUAAAUGUAGAAUUGUACGAAUUGAUAUGUUCUCUACUUUUGAGAUGCAGCUUUUUCAGAUUAAAGGAACCCUAUGUAAGAAA